AUGCGGAGGGCGCGGGGCUGGGCGGCCCUGGCCGGGCUGAGGGCGCGGCCGGACAAGUUCGGGGGGGUGAGCGUGGACCUGGGCGAGCUGCGCCAGCCCCCGCGGGUGGAGCGGGCCGCCUUCGGGCGGUGGCUGAGGGAUUCUGUGGCUCAGUGGCGGCAGGAAGGUCGCAUUGCCGUCUGGCUCCGUGUCCCCAUCCUCCAGAGCGGGCUUGUGGCAACAGCUGCUUCCCAAGGCUUUGCUUUCCACCACGCCGAGCAGGGCUCAUCCACCCUGACGCUGUGGCUGGGACAGGGGCCCAGCAGGCUGCCAGGGUUUGCCACCCACCAGCUGGGGGUUGCAGGUGCUGUUCUAGAUGAAAGCACUGGAAAGGUGCUGGUUGUGCAAGACAGAAAUAAGACUAUAAAUGCAUGGAAAUUUCCAGGAGGUCUGUCUAAUCCAGCAGAAGACAUUGGAGACACAGCAGUUCGGGAGGUUUUUGAAGAGACUGGCAUCAAGUCAGAGUUCAAGUCCAUCCUAAGCAUCAGGCAGCAGCACCACCACCCCGGAGCCUUUGGGCAGUCGGACAUGUACAUCAUCUGUCGCCUGCAGCCCUCCUCCUUCAACAUCAGCUUCUGCCAGCACGAGUGCCUGAGGUGUGAGUGGAUGGACCUCGAGGAGCUCGUCAGGACAAAAAACUCUACUCCCAUCACCAGCAACGUAGCCAAACUCCUGCUGUACGGGUACAGGGAAGGGUUUGAUAAGAUUGACAUAACCAUGAGGGAGUUCCCAGCUGUCUACGCAGGCCUGUUCUACAAACUGUACCACAGGGAGCUGCCCGAGUCCUACAGAAACAUUACAUGAGAGCAAGACAUUUCACAUUUCUUUAGAUUAAUAAUUUAGAAUUAUUACUGCAGUGUUGCACGUUAAAUUUAUUCAUGGACUUCUUUUU